UGUCCGUGGGGCAAGGGCACGGCAGCGCCUCAGUAUGCGAGGGGCGGCCCGUCGGUGAUACAGCUGAGCACAGGGAGAGCUGUCCCUAGCGCUGGACCGGCCAAGGGCAUGGUCGUCUUGUGUUCUCCAGGUGUUCAGGGGCAUCCUCCAAACAGAAGUGUUCAUUAUGAUCCAGAUACUCCUUUUAGUAACAUACCUUUGCCCUUGUAAUACCCAUUACAAGGUAAUAGUGAUGUGCACUUGAAGAGCCAAUACCUAAACUAGAGGGAAAAGAGAAAGGAAAGAGUUCGGGUAUCAUAGAUGCAGAAUAUAGCAGAAGGUGCCCCUGCUCAUGGCAGGACUUGAAAAUAGGUGAUUUAAGGCCCCUUAUAACCCAAACCAUUCCAUGACUGUAUAUCUUUACAAGAUAACAUUUCAGAGCAUUAUCUUUUUGCCUGCAUUGCUUGGACCAGAAUGUUUGGGGGUGUCUUUCUGUUUUUUUUUUAAUCCACCUUGACUUCAUUUUGCUAUACUUUCAUCCCCCACCUGUUCUGUAUCCUCUUUCAUCAUGGAGUUACUUAAGUCUUUUGGUUUUGGGUUAAGGUUCAUUUAGUUAUAUCUGUGUUAAUUCCAGACAAUUAACUUUCUCAUUUUUUGCUUCAGGUAUUUUUUAAUUUGCUGCUUCUGUAAUUUUUGCCAUGCUUUGAAAAUAUCAAGGUAGCAACUUCUGUAGAGCUGAACAUACAGUGGCACAACUGUAAAUAUUUCCAUGACCAAAUUGUUUCAUGUAGAACUCUGUGAGGAGUGGACUUGUUUUAUAUAAUCUCCAGCUUAAGCGGGCAGUCAUCCUGGAAAAGCAAUUUCUUAACAGUUAAAGUUGUUCAUUGUGUGACAAAGGCCAUUAAAAGAGGCUUUAAAUUUCACAUCUCUGAACAAAACAUAGGCAAAUUUUCAUCAUUCUUCUCCCCUUCUCUUAAAGGAAGUCUUAGAAACUUAGACAGUCUCUACUGUCUAUUUAAGUGGCACUCCUGUUCUGCCCUUGCUCCAUCAUAGCUGUCAAAGUCAUAUGAACAAUAACAUGUCUUGUUACCUAAGUGUAGAACAGCUUUCUCCUGCCAUGGUUAAAUAAAUGCUAAACCGAACAGAUGUCUCUUUUACUGUCUGUCUAAAAACUUGCAUUUUCAAAGAGGUUACAUGUUAAACAAAACAAAAAAUGGUCUUUCCAUGCAUUGCUAAUGUUUUUAAAUUUGCACCGGACUGCUGACAAACAUUAACUACUUAAUAUGUGCAUCACACUUCAUUUUCCUUGCGUUCUUGCAGCCUGUUUGCUCCUCACUUUCCAAAUUAGCAUGGUUUUCUGCCAUCAGCUUUGCAAGCAAGUUUCUUUGAGCUUGUUCAUGAGUUUGUUUUGAGACCACUGGAAUACUGAACACAGCUUCGCUCCAUCACAGAAGGAAGUGUGUCAUGUUGUUGAUUUUUUGCAGUAUUCUGACAGAAAGGCCCCACAGCUUCAUGUUCAGCAUUGGGUCCUCAGCAAGCGGGACCUCGGUGCUGACAUUAUUGCAAAUCCACCAGCACAUCCAUGAGAUGACUCCACACCAGGUUACACUUGCUUUUGAGGAGUCACUGAGCAAGACACCACCCACUUGCUGCAGCACAACUCCCAUAAAGCUACUUUUGGAAGUACUAUGGCCCGUGUCUUUGUCUACGGCACGCUCAAGAAGGGCCAGCCCAACUACAAGCACAUGAUCAACACGGCCAAAGGCCUAGCGAAAUUCCAAGGAAGAGGCCACACAGUGGAGAAGUACCCACUGGUGAUUGCAGGGAAAUACAAUAUUCCUUACAUGCUGAACAUCCCGGGGACAGGCCACCACAUUGCUGGGGAGAUUUACACUGUGGAUGAGCAGAUGCUGCAGUUCCUGGAUGAGUUUGAAGGCUGCCCAGACAUGUACCAGCGCACCCUGAUGAGAAUCCAGGUGGUGGAGUGGGAAGGGAAGGGCGGCGCGGGAGAGGCGCGAGCAGCGGCCGACGGCGUCCUGGAGUGCUUCGUGUACAGCACGGCCACGUACCCGCCCGAGUGGGUCGGGCUCCCCUACUAUGACAGUUACGACUCCUCGGGGAAGCACGGCCUCUCCUACGUCCUACGGGAAAGCCGGGAGUAGACGGGAGGUGAUGCAGCCUGGCCGAAGGCAUAGUGCUAAGCAGGUGUUGCUCAGUAACCUUUCCAGGAAAGCUGUAAUACCUUGUUAUUAAAAUGCAGGAGCUCUUGUAACCUUCCCAACCCAGGAGCCUUGGCACUAGUGUUGAAGUCCCGUAGGCCCAGGGCUGCAGACUCCUCCCCAGGCAGUCAAUGUCCUCCUGGCCCCCUCAACCUCCUGCAGGUAACUGGGUUAGCACCAGGUGUAAAAUAACUGUAUGUGCACAUCGGGUCUGGGGUCUAAUUAUUCCCUCAGCUUCCCCCUUUGCCUUGGUGCAUAAUAAUGGAGGUCAGUGAAAGGCAGAGGAACAGAUUUAAUUUUUUUCCCCUGAAUUGACAAAUUUUCUUGCACUAAUAUCUGAAACUGAUUUAAAUGUCUGCAAAGUAAAGCACAACUCCUAUUGAAUAUUGACUUGUAAUGGGUUAGUAGGCUACUGUAUGUAAAAAGGGAAAGCUGAUCAGAUAACUUGGUGCUUCUAGACAAAUAGGAAAUUGCUGGAGAAAAUGUAAAGAUUAUUCUUACUCUGCAUUGCAAUGUUUUUUUUCUGAACUGGAAAGGUGUAUUUUUAAACCACGUUUAGUUUUAAAAGGCACUGUCAAGAAAUACUGAGAGAAUAUAAGAGAGUUAAAUUUAAAAUUUUAUUUUUAAUUUUACAUUCUAAGCACUUUGGGUUCUGGUCCCGUUCACUGCAUGACUGUAGGAUUUGGGGAUAUGUGUGUCUGUGUGCCUGUGUGUGUGUCUGUUUUGAGGGAUGUCGGGACUGUUGGGGACCAGGAAAAGCAAACCUACACUGGAGCUGUUGUGAGCACUUACUGUCAAGGUGACUUUUUGCUAAGCAUUUUAAUGCAGAACUUGCAACCAUAUGCAAACUGAGUUUCCUAAUGGGGGAAGAAUUUUAUAUACAUUAUAAAAAUAUCCAAAGGACCUGUAUUGUGAUUAUUGCAACAUUUAAAUUGGGAAAAAAUAUGUAAGGAAGACUGUUGUCCCCCUGACCCAACCAACUGUGCUGGUUUCUGUACAAUCUGGGAAAAUCGUGGCUUUCUGUUGUUACACUCCUGUGCCUUAUAGUUUCCUUCAGCUGCAGUGUUUGGUACAGAUAGAUUGUACAGUGGCCAAAGCUGCCAAAGGGAUGGGAGCAGGCAUUGUAUGCCAUGCAGUGAGCCAAAGUACUAUCAAAUGCAGCAAGGCUACAAUUAAGAACAAUACUGUACUUUUGCUUCACUGCCAGUAGCCCUGUGAUGGCCAGAGGAGAUCCAGGGUAGGGAAUCAGCCUGAACUUUAGCAGUAGUAGGCACUGCUGCAUCUCAUUUAGAAAAGCUUCUAUAUUGCUGCAAUAAGCAAAACAAGUAACCUGAUAGUAGAAUACUUGUGUCUCUUGACAGUAUUUGUCUGUUUAGUGCAACCUGCAGAGACUGACCUGUGCUCCUUUUGGAAGGGGUAAAAUGGCAGUAAGGAGACUUCUAAGGAGAUCUGCAGGGUCUCUGCCUCAGUUUCUCCAACUGCAAAAGCAUUAAUUUUCCUGGAAAGCAGGUAGCAUCCAAACACUCUCCUUACUCAUCUUGAUGACUUUCCCUAAGCAGAUCCCUGGACUAUAUAUUCCCCUUCGGCCAUGUGAUGUAGUUAAUUAUCAGUGUCUCAGUAACAGUAACAAUGCCUUUUCAGUCAGAAGUUUCAAGCAGAAUCAAGCUUUCCUGGUUGAACAUGAGUCACCAGCCCUAUCACUGACUGUUUUCUUCCACAAAAGGGCCCAGGCACCUCUGGCUACAGGAUUUCUUUCUGGGAAGUAGCAGGACUCUGCACAUCCUAGGCAAGAAAAUGAGAGCAGGGUCACUCCACUCCGGGGCAAGGUCCCUUUGUCUCCCUUUCCUGUAAGCAUUCAGGAGGAGGCCUGGUCUGAGGGACAACACAUGCUCUUAGCAGUACCUUGGGGCAGCACCUAAAGAGCUCUGAGAACAGUGUCAGCUCCUUCUGUAAAGGCAUCCAGUAAUCAGUAUCAGGAAAAUAAGGGUGGGGAAAUUAAUAUGGAAUUUGAAUAAAAGAAGACAAUUCCCAUACAACUUUGAAUGAAAAUACAUGACAAAUGUCUGCACUAGCAAAAUAAAGCCUCUAAUGUGUCAUUUAAAUCUAAUCUAUACAAAGCAUUAAAAUAUAAUAAUAUAUAUUUAAAAUAAAAAUUAGUUAAUAAAUAAUAAUUCAGUAAAUAUAUAUGUUAAUUCAAAAUAAAUCUGAUCAGAAUUUAAGCUAUUGGUGGUACUUGUGCAGCACUUACACAGAGUAAAGGAGAACUGCUCAGUUUGCUCAGUGGUUAAUUUUUCAUUCUUGCCAGCCAUUCUGUAUACUGCCUGGCUGGGGCCUCAAACCAGGGACAUUGCUGUGGAGAAGACAAAUCAGAUUUUGGCUUUUGUUGUGUUUUCUUUAUUUUAAAAAAGAGACUUUUCCUGUUUCAAAGCAAAAAUGGUAUUUUAUUGAUUUUAUUUGAUCCUGAAAAAUCAAAGCAUUACAAAGGUUAUGUACAAGUAUUUCUGGAAGUAAAAAAUCUGGGAUCUGUUGCCAAGAUUUAACAUCUGUGUUUGCUGUCUUAACCACUAAUACAGUAAAUAUGCCUGUAUAAAAUCUUGUGCGUAGUACUGUCCAUUUUCUGUGUUGAAUUGUCUUAAUGUUACAUUACAGAUAAAAAUAAUAAAGGCUUAGUUAAUUCAA